UGUCUGACUAUAUCAUGUUAUUUUAUUUUUUUGUAUUCGUGGUUAUAAAGUACUGAACAACAGAGAAUGUUUUAUGAAAUAGGAUUUUACUGACAAAUGACAUCUCAUCAUUUGAUUAUCUAUUCUGCAGGAAGGAGGAAUAAUAACAGAGUAGGCCUACACUUAAAAACGUAAACAAACAAAAAAUCCGCACAACACCGGUGUUCAUCUGCAGAGGGCGCCCUGCAGCCUCUCAUCCCACCGGAGGACAGAACAGACAUGUGAUAUUUAACCGGAUGUAAAUAAACUGCCUUCCCGCGCAGUUAAAUCGGCUCAACAACGCAUCCACAUCCACAGAUAAUCUGACAAAAUGGACGAGCUUUAUUUGGAUAACAUCGACGAAUAUGUCAAUGACCAGGAUAAGAUAGUGACCUAUAAAUGGCUGAGCCUCACUCUGGGAGUCCAUGUCAACACAGCCAAACAAAUGCUCUUCCAUUAUUUGGAUCACAAGAGGAAGGAGAGUUCGGCUCAGCUCCAUGCCACCUACCUCGUGUCAGGAAAGUGUGUGGAGAACGGCCAAGCGAGUCACAAGGUGUCUGUUAUAAAAGAGGACAAGUUGGAAGACUUCAAAUCCAAGAUGAGCUUGAUAGUCAGUGUCCACGUCUACAGUGUGCAGAAAGCUUUGCUGAAAGACAGCGGUCCGCUCUACAGCGUGGACUAUGAUGCCGUGAAGGACAAUAUGAAAAACUGCAGCAAGUACAGUGCGAUCCGCUGUGCCGGGGCAGUGCCCGUGUCCUCUGUGGAGCAGACGAGAGAAAUCAGGAGAGCUCCUUCCCCAGAGCCUGAGAGCAAAAAGUCUGGCAUGAACGGGAGUGCUCAUCAGGCAUCGAAGCCUUCCACCAAGCCACAGAAAGGCAUCAUGGGAAUGUUUGCGAGUAAGACUUCUUCUAAGAACCAGGAUAACGGCAAAGAGGUUAAGUCUGAGCAGAAGGAGGAAGCACCUGUGGAUGAUGCCCCCAAAAGCAAGCCAGCUGUAAAAGCCAAUCCUAUGAUGAACUUCUUUGGGAGCCAAGUAGCAAGUGAGUAUUACCUUCACCUUUUCAUAGUUUUCAAAACCUUAGUGCAAUGUUUUUCUCGCUACUCUAAUAUUAUUCUGUUUCCGUAAAAAGAAUCCAACAAA